AUCGUGACGCCUCCGUACCUUUCGGACGCAGCCGUUAAUCUCGCCGUGAUGACGUCACCAGUCGUGCAUUCAGUCAGCGUAUUGUCUUCUGACAGAUCAGCUUCUCCAACCAAACUGCAAUUCAGUCAAUAAACCCCCGCCUCCUGUAAAUCACAGUCAGUGAAGCUCCACCCACAGCUACUCACUAAUAAAUGCUGGAAUUUCCCAAGUUUACAAGUGCAGACGAGCAUCAAACCAUCAGGAAGAAGUGAAAUCUGCAAAGACUGAGUUCAUUAAAGAGGACAGAGAGAACAUGAGUGAUCCAGAACCCUGCAGAAUGAAACACAAUGAAGAACAGAGAGAAAAUGAAAAGCCUCUGAGUCACUCGGAAACUAAAAAUAUUUUUUUAAAUAAAAGAAGAGCUGAGAAAUCAUUCACCUGCACUCAGUGGGAAGAGUUUCUCAUGCAAAAGCCAUCUUAAUGUUCACAUGAGAGUUCACACAGGAGAAAAGCCAUUCAAGUGUGAUCACUGUGGGAAUCGAUUCACACAAAAAGAAAGCCUUAACUUACACAUGAGGAUCCACACGGGAGAAAAACCGUUCAAAUGUGACCAUUGUGAAAAGAGAUUCUUAAACAAGCAAAAUCUUAGGUUUCACAAAAGAGUUCACACUGGAGAGAGGCCAUUCAUUUGUGAUCAGUGUGGGAAGGGCUACAUGCAAUCAUCACACCUUAAAGGACACAUGAAGAUCCACAGUGGACAGAAACCGUACGUAUGUGAUCACUGUGAAAAAACAUUCUCGGGGAAAGCAAAUCUUGAUGUUCACAUGAGAAGCCACACUGGAGAGAGGCCGUUCACAUGUGAUCAAUGCGGCAAAACAUUUCUUGAUUCAUCAGCCCUGAAGAAACACCUGACAGUUCAUAUGAAAGAGAAGCCACAUUCAUGUUCUUUAUGUGAAAAGAGUUUUUCACGGCUGGACGGUUUAAAAUUUCAUCAGAAAACACAUACUGGUGUAGGAGCUCAUAUGUGCUUUGACUGUGGAAAGACUUUUAAUUCGGAAUCCCAUUUAAAACGGCACCAGAUAAUUCACACUGGAGAAAAACCACACAAGUGUUCACACUGCGACAAGAGAUUCAGUCUGUCAGAACAUCUUAAAAGACAUGAGAGGAUCCACACUGGAGAGAAACCGCACACGUGUGAUCAGUGCGGGAAGAGUUUCACAUACAAAGAAAAUCUUAAAUCCCACAUGAGUGUCCACACGGGAGAAAAGCCACACACAUGUGAUCAGUGUGGAAAGUGUUUCACUCAGUCAUCGACCCUUAAAGUACACAUGAGGGUCCACACCGGAGAAAAGCCGUACGCAUGUGAUCAGUGCGACAAAACAUUUCCUGAGACAUCAUCCCUGAAGAGACACCUGACAGUUCAUAUGAAGGAGAAGCCACAUUCAUGUUCUUCAUGUGGAAAGAGCUUUUCAUGGCUGCAAAAUUUAAAAUCACAUCAGAAAUUACAUAACGCUGUGAAAGAUUAUAUGUGCUUUGAGUGUGGGAAGACUUUUAUUUUGGAAAACCGUUUAAAACGGCACCAGAAGAUACACACUAAACAAAAACCUUACAAGUGUUCACACUGCGACAAGAGAUUCAGUCUGUCAGCACACCUGAAAUCACACGAGCAGAUCCACAAUAGAGAGAAGCCAGACGCGUGUGAUUAGUGCGGAAGGGGUUUUGCUUUGAAAAGUCGCCUGAAGCUACACAUGAAGACCCAUGCAGUAAAGAAACCAGACCACCGUGAUCCAUGCGGGAAAAGUUGAUGUGUGUGUUUUAAGUGCUCGAAGUCAUAUACUACAAAUGCUGAACUGAAAGCACCAAAACAUCACUUUGUUUAAAAAUAAAUAAAUAAAUAAAUAAAAACCUUUUUAAGUGUU